AUGCCAUACAGCCCGGACCAGUGGAAUGCACCACAAGGAGGAUGCUACUUUCCUGUUGGAAUUUCUGCAAUUCAGAUGUUGGCUAAUCGCACGUGUUUCCGAGAUAAGGAUUCUGUUCUUGCCCUUGAUGAAGAUUCUACGAAGAAUUUCUUCCUGAUGGGUGUGUUCCCGUCGAAGACUAAGUUUUGGCUGGGAUUGCAGUACAACGGUGACCAAUGGGUUUGGCCAGGAGGCUACUCAGUGAGUUUUAUCAACAAGUAA